UCGGGACAGUUGCGGAAAGGGGGUGGUGGAAGUGGGCGUGUCAACUUGAGGAGGAAUGUGCGCACUAUGCGUGAUGACGUAAGAGACGUUGAUUGGGAGCGAGAACUGGAGCCCGUGCGUGCGCGGCGCCCCGCCUUCUGUCCAAAUUGGCCUCAUCCUUGUGCUUAAGUAAACAAUAUGUCAGGUUGGGAGUCUUAUUACAAAAACGAGGGCGAUGAAGAAGAAGAACAAGAAGAGGGCCUUGAAGCAGGUGGAGAAUAUACAUAUUCGGGAAGAGAUAGUUUGAUUUUUUUGGUUGAUGGUUCUAGGGCCAUGUUUGAAUCUCAGGGUGAAGUUGAACUGACUCCUUUUGACAUGAGCAUCCAGUGUAUCCAGAGUGUGUAUACCAAUAAGAUCAUAAGCAGUGCUCAAGAUCUCUUGGCAGUGGUGUUCUAUGGUACUGAGAAGGAUAAAAAUUCAGUGAAUUUCAAAAAUAUUUACGUCUUACAGGAGUUGGAUAAUCCAGGUGCUAAACGAGUGCUUGAGCUUGACCAGUUUAAAGGGGAGCAGGGGAAAAAACAUUUCCAAGACCUAAUUGGCCAUGGAUCUGACUACUCACUAAGUGAAGUGCUAUGGGUCUGUGCCAACCUCUUUAGCGAUGUCCAGGUCAAGAUGAGCCAUAAGAGGAUCAUGCUGUUCACCAAUGAAGAUGACCCCCAUGGCAAUGACAGUGCCAAAGCCGGCCGGGCCAGGACCAAAGCUGGGGAUCUUCGUGACACAGGUAUCUUUCUGGACUUGAUGCACCUGAGGAAACGUGGGGGCUUUGACAUAUCCUUGUUUUACCAAGAUAUCAUCAGCACAGCCAAGGAUGAGGACCUAGGGGUUCACUUUGAGGAAUCCAGCAAACUGGAAGACCUGUUGAGGAAGUUUCGUGCCAAGGAGACCAAGAAGCGCGUGCUCUGCAGGUUGAAGCUUAAGCUUAGCAAAGAUAUCGCACUCACUGUCGGCAUGUAUAACAUGGUCCAGAAGGCCGUCAAACCUCCUCCUGUGAGGCUUUAUCGGGAAACCAAUGAACCAGUGAAAUCCAAGACCCGGACAUUUAAUGUAAAUACGGGCAGUUUGCUUCUGCCUAGCGACACCAAGAGGUCUCAGAACUAUGGGAGUCGUCAGAUUGUACUAGAGAAAGAGGAAACAGAAGAGCUGAAACGCUUUGAUGAACCAGGUUUGAUUCUCAUCGGUUUCAAGCCCUUGAUGUUGCUGAAGAAGCACCAUUACCUGAGGCCCUCCCUGUUCGUGUACCCCGAAGAGUCCCUGGUGAAUGGGAGCUCAACCCUGUUCAUUGCUCUCCUCACCAAGUGUCUGGAGAAGGAGGUCAUGGCAGUGUGCAGAUACACCCCCCGUCGGAACAUCCCUCCUUAUUUUGUGGCCUUGUUGCCACAGGAAGAGGAGCUAGAUGAGCAGAAAAUUCAGGUGACUCCCCCAGGCUUCCAGCUUGUCUUCUUACCCUACGCUGAUGAUAAACGGAAGGUGCCCUUUACCGAAAAAGUCGUGGCGAACCCAGAGCAGAUAGACAAGAUGAAGGCUGUCGUUCAGAAGCUCCGUUUCAACUACAGAAGUGACAGCUUCGAGAACCCAGUGCUGCAGCAACACUUCAGGAACCUGGAGGCGCUGGCUUUGGAUUUCAUGGAGCCCGAGCAAGCGGUGGAUCUGACACUGCCUAAAAUUGAAGCAAUAGAUAAAAGACUGGGCUCCCUGGUGAAUGAGUUUAAGGAGCUUGUCUACCCACCAGAUUAUAAUCCUGAAGGAAAAGUUCCCAGGCAGAAACAAGAUGAUGAAGGUUCUGGAAGCAAAAGGCCCAAGAUGGAGUUAUCUGAAGAGGAUCUGAAGGCCCAUGUGAGCAAGGGCACGCUGGGUAAGCUCACUGUGCCCAUGCUGAAGGAAGCCUGCAGGGUGUAUGGGCUGAGGGGUGGGUUGAAGAAGCAGGAGCUGCUGGACACGCUCACUAAGCACUUCCAGAACUGACCAGCCAGCCAGCGCCCCCCGUUCUGCACUCUAGCCAGGCUGCCUGGUUUUGUUCUCAUCAAGUUAAAACAUGUUUCUCCUGAGCCAGGAAGAGUCUGCCUGAUACAAGCCAAGGACUUUACAUUUAUGAGAUGUUCUGUUGCCAUGGAGACAGCAUAGCCCUCCCACUUUGGUGUGCUUUCCUGUCUGAAUAAAGAGCCCUAACUUUGUACUA